GCUGGCGACGCUGACGCUGAUCGCGUAAUAUGAGUGGCGUUUACUGUGCUAACGGAAAGGAGGCAAUUUCGCUGUCAGUAAUUAGCCGUUCAAUGACGGACCGGAUGGUUCCACGCGUGAUGGCACACUGCUAGAAGCUACUAGACAGACAAGGCGCCCUAGCCGAUCGCGUCGAGUUUAGAACGCACACAUGUACCACAGGAGAGCGUUGCCGGUGCUAAAGCGUCUGCGUUCGUGUCAUGGGCUCCUUAGUACACGUAAUAUUAUUGUCGUGUGCAAUCAUUCCUUAUAUCUCGUGCGAAAAAUUCAACGACCACAAACUGGGAGUCUACAGGAAUCGAGUGUUGGAGAUGUUCCAGCACGCUUACGAUGGCUACAUGAAGUAUGCUUACCCUUAUGAUGAGCUACGGCCACUUUCCUGUGAUGGCGUUGACACUUGGGGCAGCUUCUCACUCACGCUCAUCGAUGCACUCGACACAUUGGCCAUUAUGGGCAACUACACUGAGUUUAGAAAGGUAGCAACAAUGAUUGCAGAAAACAUCAAUUUCAACAUCAACAUCAAUGUCUCGGUCUUUGAGACCAACAUACGAGUGGUUGGUGGUCUGCUUUCGGCACAUCUACUGUCUCGAAAAGCUCAAAUGCCUCUUGAGCCUGGCUGGCCUUGCUCGGGACCCCUCCUGCGCCUUGCUGAAGAUGUGGCCACACGAUUGCUUCCAGCUUUCAACACCAAGACAGGCAUGCCAUAUGGCACAGUUAACCUAAUCAAUGGAGUGCCACUGGGAGAGACCAGCAUCACAUGUACCGCUGGUGUGGGCACCUUUCUGGUUGAGUUUGCCACCCUCAGCCGGCUGACAGGCAACCCGGUCUUCGAGGAGGUCGCCCUACGAGCCUUGAAAGCACUUUGGAGGUCCCGGACAUCCAUAGGCUUGGUAGGGAACCACAUUGAUGUUCAGCUUGGCAUCUGGACAGCUACAGAUUCUGGCAUAGGAGCUGGUGUGGACUCCUACUACGAGUACCUGGUGAAGGGCGCCAUCAUGCUGCAGAGGCCUGAACUUAUGCGCAUGUUUAAAGAGUAUGAGAAAACAAUAACCAAGUAUAUGAAGCGUGACGAUUGGUACUUCUGGGUGGAAAAUUCAUCUGGCAAAGUUACCAUGCCAGUAUUCCAAAGCCUCGAAGCAUUUUGGCCAGGUUUGUUGACUUUAAUAGGUGAUCUGGACAAUGCACGCAAGUCAUUAUAUAACUACCACCAGGUGUGGAGAGAGUAUGGGUUCACCCCGGAAUUUUAUGAAGUGGUGCAUGGAAGAGCUCACCCAAAGCGAGAUGGCUACCCGCUUAGGCCAGAACUUGUUGAGAGCUUAGUUUAUCUCUAUCAAGCCACAAAGGAUCCACAUUUUCUGGAGAUAGGCGUUGACAUCCUUGAAUCAAUCAGGCACAGUGCCAAGACUGAAUGUGGCUAUGCAACAAUAAAGAAGGUUGGAGACCACACCCUUGAAGACCGGAUGGAAUCCUUCUUUUUAGCUGAAACGACCAAGUAUCUUUACCUCCUCUUCACUCCUGAUCAUUUCAUCCACAACAAUGGCAGUUCUGCUGACAUCAUACAGACAUCAUCUGGAGAGUGCAUCAUAGACACAGGGGCUUACGUGUUCAACACUGAGGCCCACCCUGUGGAUGUGGCGGCCGUACAUUGUUGCAGUGCAGACAAGGCUUCAGAGGACCAAGCACUUCGAAAUUUUGCGAAAGAAUUUGAUUUGAGCAAAUUGCUUGUAGACGAGUCUAGAGAUGACUUCAUCAAGCCUUUGCGGGUCAUAGAAAACAUUGGUGGUACAGAUGAUGCUGACGAUUCUGAUGAACCCAAAUGUGCUGACAAAAAUGAGUCCUCAGCUCCCUCGGCUCCUUCAAGUUUUCCAGCUCAGGAUCCUGCAUUAUUUUUCACCAAUCUGCUUUCUUCCGAGAAGGCCGUCCAAGAAAAUACGAAGGAAGACGCUGUCGAAGUCAAUAUUAAAGAAUCUGUGCAAGAGGACAGAUCCAGUGAUAACGAUAAUGAUGCCCGCAUGUUUGGUUUCGUAGGUGAAGUUGGAGAAACUGAUAAUGACGUGGCAAACUCAGAGACAGAUGAGGCUAGAGGCAGCUAUCAGCCCAACUUAUCGAGUGCUGGUGGUCAUAACAGGGCUGUAGAGAGCAAUGGCGAAGCACCAGUUGCUGAGCCAGGAAUCUCAUCAAAUGAGAAUCGUUUUCCGAGUGACCUUGAUAGUGACGCAAGAAACUUGACACCGGAUACAGCUGCAGGGUCUCUGAGUUCAACAAAACAUAAUGCAGCUGAAACAAGUCAUGCUAGUGAACUGCAUCCAGAACUGUCACAAGGAGCCGUUUCAACAGAGACAAGCAUUGACCCCUCCGAAGAAGAAAUCAUUGACGACGUUGCUCUAGAUGAAGAGGAGUUUGAUGACGAAAUUGAUGAGUAUACUUCACGCCACCCUACUGUAGAGGACGAUGACAGUGAACCUGAUGACACUAAGCCUACUGAGGAACCUACUGAACUCAAUUCUUCAAAACAUGUCUCCACAUCACAAGAUGUUGGCAAAGGGUCUCAAGAAGCAGUUCCGACAGAGACUUGGUCUUCAACUACAAUAGAUGGUGCAGUUGUAGAUUCUGCUAAAUCUGAUGGUGACAAAAAUGAUGCCAAUGCAUCAGAGUUUAGUGAGCAGGACAAGAAACGUCGUGUUCGAAACAGCUCAAGUGAAACAACCCUUAGCAGCAGUGGCAAUGACGGCCCCGACACACGUACCAGUGCUGGCAUGAAUGUAACAGCAGGGUGGAAAGCGGAAGUAAAAGAAGUUAGGCUUGCCCCGGGAGAAGAAGAGGAAGUGAUAAUAGGCGACACAAAUAUGAGUGAAAGCAGCGCUUCUAGUGAGGUGGCUGCACAACCUGAAGGCCUCUUACAGCAAGCUGUUCAAGAAGCAUUUGGCAAGAAAUCAUCUGUGGCAACAGAAAAUUCUGAGCAUUGCAUUAAGAAGCCAGCAAAGGAGUUAAAUGGAUGGUUAAUGCUCACGUGCCCAUCACAGCCUUUUACGUCAAGGCUUGCAUUCCGAGGGGAGAUGUUUAAUGUUGGUUAGAUAUGUCUAGGCCAGUUUUAGGAACCAAAUGUAAUAAGGUGAUAAGUUGCGCAGGAAAAUACGACGUGCAUUGCGUUGACAUAGUGAUUGAUAUUGUGUUCCUCCUCUCUUAGGAACGAAUUACAAAAGAAAUUGCGUAUUUCGCAAGUCUCAUAAGCCUUGCUCAAUAGAAAUUGUUUUUUAUUAUGUGUACCGCUAAAUUAAAUAUCACCUAUGUAGAAGUGUGUCAGUUAGAUACAAAGCACCAAUUUCAAUAAAGAGAAGCUGUUAUUUUGUGGUA